AUGGCGCGGCGGGGGCGAUGCCGCUUUUCCGGGGUUUGGAAUGGCGAUGGCCGGUUCCUGCUGGUCCUGUGGUGGCCGCGCUGUUGCCCGGCCGCUGCCUUCAACUGUGACGUGAGCGCCCGGCCGUUCCUCGGUCCGGGGGCAGCCUCUCUCGCUUCGCCGUGGCUUCUCGCUCCCGACCGUCUUCGUACGAGAUUUGCCCGCGCGUCCUGCCCCCGCCGAGCCGCCUCCGGCGGCGCUGGAGGGCCGGGCCGGUGUUGUCCUGGUCGGAGGACGGGCGGCGAGCGGCGGCCGGAGCAGCGCCCUGGUGCCGCUGUCCAGCGGGCCGGGAGCGCCCGGGAUGCUCUGCUCAGGCCCCCUCGGGGCUCGGAUGGAGCACGUGCGGGCCCCGUCCCAGGCCUAGCCGAGCAGGGGACCGUCCGCAUCGCUCCCUCCGGGGCGGCUCUGGAUGCUCAGACCCCCUUCCCGGGGAGCCAGACCCAGUCCCGGGCUUCAGCACUGUGGGAUUCUCUGCCAGCCUGGUCUUAUGCAGAUGGUGGUAAUGGUAAAUACAGUGUAGGAAGGACGUAUCUUCUGGUGGGAGCUCCGAAGGCAAACACCACCCAGCAGAACAUCGUGGAAGGAGGGCAGGUGCUCAAAUGUAACUGGAACUCCAACAGGAACUGCCAGCCCAUCAUAUUUGACGACACAGGUAACAGAGAUUUCGCUCCCGAUGAUCCGCUGGAAUUUAAGUCUCAUCAGUGGUUUGGAGCCUCUGUGAGAUCCCAAAAUGAUAAAAUUCUGGCCUGUGCCCCACUGUACCACUGGAGAACUGAAACAAAACAAGAGAGAGAGCCUGUAGGAACUUGUUACCUGCUUGCUGGGUCGAAAUUCGUGGAAUAUGCUCCCUGCAGGUCAACAACUAUUGAUGCAGAUGGGCAGGGAUUUUGUCAAGGUGGAUUUAGUAUUGACUUCACAAAGGGAGACAGGGUGCUGCUUGGAGGACCUGGAAGUUUUUACUGGCAAGGCCAGCUUAUUUCUGAUCGAGUGACGGAGAUCGUGGCUAAAUACGACUCCAAGGUCUACAGCACCAAGUAUGAUGACCAGCUGGCAACCAGACCUGCCAGUGCUGCCUUUGAUGACAGCUACUUGGGUUACUCGGUGGCUGUUGGAGACUUCAAUGGUGAUGGCAUAGAAGACUUUGUAUCAGGAGUCCCAAGAGCAGCGAGAACUCUGGGAAUGGUGUCCAUUUACAAUGGGAAGAACAUGUCUUCCAUGUACAACUUCACUGGAGAGCAGAUGGCCGCCUAUUUUGGGUAUUCGGUGGCUGCCACAGACAUCGAUGGGGACAAUUUUACAGAUCUGUUUAUUGGAGCCCCCCUUUUUAUGGAUCGAGGCUCAGAUGGGAAGCUUCAGGAGGUCGGCCAAGUGUCCAUUUGCCUCCAGAGACCCUCUGGAGGGUUCCAGACCUCGAAGCUGAACGGCUUCGAGAUCUUCGCGCGGUUCGGCAGCUCCAUCGCCCCUCUGGGGGACCUGGACCAGGACGGCUUCAACGAUAUUGCAGUGGCUGCACCGUAUGGUGGAGAGGACAAGAGGGGACUUGUCUACAUCUACAAUGGAAGAGCAAGUGGUUUGAAUGCAGUGCCAUCCCAAAUUCUGGAAGGGCAGUGGGCAGCUCGCACGAUGCCACCCAGCUUUGGGUACUCGCUGAAAGGAGCCACGGACGUGGACAAAAAUGGAUAUCCAGACUUGAUUGUUGGAGCCUUUGGUGUCGACACAGCUGUUCUGUACAGGGCUAGACCAGUUAUUAGAGUAAAUGCUGCUCUGGAAGUCAAUCCAACCAUUCUAAACCCAGAAAACAAAGCCUGUUCACUGGGAGAUGUAAAAGUUUCUUGCUUCAAAGUCAAGUUCUGCUUAAAGGCGGAUGGCAAAGGAAAGCUCCCCAACUCCCUCAAUUUCCAAGUGGAACUGCUGUUGGAUAAACUUAAACAGAAAGGAGCUAUAAGGAGAGCUCUCUUUCUCCACAGCAAACAGCCCAGCCACUCCAAAAACAUGACUAUUACAAAGGGGGGCAAAAUGAACUGUGAAGAACUCGAUGCCUUCUUGAGGGAUGAAUCUGAAUUUAGAGACAAGCUAACUCCCAUCACUAUCUUCAUGGAAUAUCGUCUGGAUUACAGAACAGCUGCAGAUGCAACAGGAUUGCACCCUAUCCUCAACCAGUUCACCCCUGCUAAUAUGAGCAGACAGGCACACAUUCUGCUGGACUGUGGGGAUGAUAAUAUCUGCAAACCAAAGCUGGAGGUGUCAGUAGAAAGUGACCAGAAGCAGAUCUACAUUGGUGAUGACAACCCCUUGACCCUCAUUGUCAGUGCUCAGAACCAAGGGGAAGGAGCCUACGAAGCAGAGCUCUUUGUCGUUGUCCCACCCCAAGCGGAUUUCAUCGGAGUUGUUCGUAACAACGAGGCUUUAGCCAGACUGUCCUGUGCAUUUAAAACAGAGAACGAGACUCGCCUGGUGGUUUGUGACCUGGGAAAUCCCAUGAAAGCAGGAACUAAGCUGUUGGCUGGCCUGCGUUUCAGUGUGCACCAGCAGUCCGAGAUGGACACCUCUGUGAAGUUUGACUUGCAAAUCCGAAGUUCCAACCUUUAUGACAAUCUAAGCCCAGUAGCAUUCUAUCAGGCUGACCUUGCCAUUUUAGCAGCUGUUGAAAUUAGAGGUGUGUCAUCUCCUGAUCACAUAUUCCUUCCCAUUGCAAACUGGCAGCCGAAGGAGAACCCUGAAACAGAAGAGGAUAUUGGGCCCCUAGUUCAGCAUAUUUAUGAGCUGAGAAACAAUGGUCCAAGUGCAUUCAGCAAGGUGAUGAUGACCCUGCAGUGGCCCUACAAGUACAAAAACAACACACUGCUCUACAUUGUUCAGUAUGAGAUCGAUGGUCCCAUGAACUGCACUUCUGACAUGGAAAUCAAUCCCUUGAAAAUUAAGGGCUGUGGAACUGCUGACUGUUUGAAGAUUGUGUGUCAAGUUGGCCACCUGGAAAGGGGAAAGAGUGCAAUAUUGUAUUUAAAAUCACGCCUUUGGACCCAAACUUUCAUGAAUAAGGAGAAUCAGAAUCACUCCUACUCCCUCAAAUCAUCUGCUUCUUUUAGUGUUAUCGAGUUCCCUUAUAAGAACCUCUCCUUUGAAGAUAUCCACAACUCCACAGUUGUUACUACAAAUAUUACCUGGGGCAUUCAACCACAGCCUAUGCCAGUGCCUGUGUGGGUUAUAAUUUUGGCUGUCCUGGCAGGGUUACUGCUCCUGGCUGUUCUAGUGUUUGUUAUGUACAGGAUGGGCUUUUUCAAACGUGUGAGGCCACCUCAGGAAGAACAAGAAAGAGAACAACUGCAACCACACGAGAAUGGGGAAGGAACAUCAGAAGCUUAAGCAGAGUUUUAUCUGUGAGACAUUCUGAAAUUUCAAAUUGCCUGCAUCUUGGUAACAAAUAUUGGCUUCCCCAUCAACAACAACAACAAAAAAAACACUCACAACUGCAGAGCUGCUGGUCUAAGCAUCAGCACCUGCAAAAUAAGAGCAAUAUAUUUAAAUCCUCCUUUUUGUAUUAAUUUCUGUUCAUACCUGCAACUAAUGCAGCUGCACUGAGUGGUGGGUGAGAAAAACUCACCUGCUGUGCAGUGCUUUGACUUUGCUUACUGGGAUACAGGAGACAUCAUCUUUUUUGGUUCACGUACCGACUUUCCAUGAAUUUCUACAUGGAUUCUGCAUUUGCUCUUGAAGCCAACAGUUUCUGUAGGUACUUGUUGCAUUACAUGUUUAGUUUCGGUUGAUUUUUGUUGGAGUACACUACAUUUCAUUUUCUAGCUCUUCAAAGUUAGUUGCACAAAAAAAAAAUGAAUGUAGCUUGUUUUACAGAACUGAAGAAUGUUCUUUGACCCGUUAACUCUGAUGACAGUUUUUUCUCCUGCUCAAAAAAAUAUGAAAUAUUCAGUGGAAUCAUUCACAUCUGAUAGCUAUUCUUGCUGCCCUGCCUGCUUAGUGAUCUGUCUUGUGGUUUCCCUCUAGAUUUUACAAAUACUCUUCUCCCUGGCUUUCUGACUGUGGGGAUUGAGCCUACAAACACAAAAUGAGCAAUAGGAAGCUGGGGCUGAUGUCCUUUCUGUGGGACCUAGGGAAAAGAUUCAGGGCAAGAUCCGAAGACUCUGCUGUGUGUUUCCACAGAGCAGGAUCCAGGUGUUGCACAGAAUUCUUGGCAGCAUAGACUCAUUCAUGUACUGCCAGGGACAAGAUGUUGGAUUGUGGCUGCCCACAGACAUGCCUGAGGAAAUCCAUAGCCUGAAUGUCCACAAGACAAACCUCCACAGGGUUUGAAAUGAAAUCUGUAUAUUACUUGGAUUGAGUUUCAGUUUCUGGCAGUGGAGGGAAUACCCUGUGACAGGUUACCUGAUGCAGGAGCUGUUGUUCAUUCUCACAUUUUGUGGUUGGCCAUGCCUGAGUGCAGGAUGGAAUAACACAGGGAAUGUUUGAACCAGGCUACCUGCCAGCCACGUGGAUCCUGGCCACACUCACACCUGCCUUGCCUCCUGCCCUGAGAGAACAGUGAGCUUGUCAAAUGAGGCAAAGCAGAGCUGGCAACAUGAAAGGAUUUGAAAAGAGAAGGUUGAUGUGGCUUAUUUAAUUUCACUCAUUGUUUCAUUGGCUUGUUUCAUUUCACUCAUUUAUUGGAUGUUCCACUGCACAAAAGACAUUUCAUUGCACAAGACAUUUCAUUAUGUUCAGUACAUUUCAUUACCAGAAAAGACACUAAAUAUUUUGUUUCAUUGUUGUUUCUUUAAACUUACCGAAGGUCAGUGGUUGAAAGCCACAGCCUUACAUCAUUCUUAGCCUAUUUCCCUCACCACUGGUGUAGCAAAGUGAAGCUUCUUACACUUCUGAGAGAACACAAUAGUAUUGUCUGUGCUCUUCAGUAAACAAGUAACUACAAAUUAGGAGGUGGUUCAGCUUGUAACCACAGGUAACUGUGUUGCACAGAUCUUAGAGUGGAUAUAAACUGUUACGAAGGUGCCAUCUAUGAUAAAUUUAUAAUGUAAUUUAUUCCCCUUCUGGGAAUAAAUUACGUUAUAAACUCCCUGUGUGCAACCCACAUACACAAAGAAGUCUUCUACUGUAUUUAUACCACUGAGAUUUCUAUGUAGACAAGCUCUUAAAAGGACAAAAAAUCUAGUUGGUUUGGUUUUGUACCUUGGGGUUUCAAAGCUGCUCCUCCCCCAUAAAUACUGCAAAUCCUGCUAAACCCAGAAUUCUCUGAAAUGAACAGUUUGAUUCAAGUCUUAUUUCUGCAUCCUUUCAGAGGUUUAAAAUCCACAAAUGGAUUUUGUUGUUAAGUCCAUUCUUACUCGUUGAACCACGAUGGCAUCUGAGCCCUUAAGGAAGACAGCACAAAGUCUGUGGGGGCCAGUAGGUACACCAGAUAUAGGCUUGCAUAUUUAUCCAUUUACAUGGGUUUGUUUUAGACAGUUUGUUUAGAUAUGGUUACUUUAUAUGAAAGGCCAUAGGGCAUAAUUUUGUUUUAACUGAAUUUUCGAGGUCUUCAGUGUGGCCAAAAAUGUUUUAUUUCUUGCCUUUACUUUUAGUGUUGUUGUUACUAGUUCUGUAGUAAAGCAUCAGGAGUGAGGCUUUAAUCCUGGCCUCAAAAUGUGUCUCUGAUAGAACAGCAUUUCACUUCCUUGUAGUUCACACACUUUGUCAACUGAUUAUCUGUGUGCAGGGAGAUUGGUUUUGCCCAGUCUUAAUCUUAGUAGGUUAAGAGGUUUAAGAGACUGGCAGACAGAUUAUAGCUCUAAUUCUUACAUGUGUGCUUUCAUUACAUGUACACACCACGUUGACUUGAAAUUUAUGAGACUACUUGCAUGUCCAGGCGUUAUAAGGUGAUUAAGAAACUGUUUUAGAGAAGCACCAUCAAGAUCUCUCCAGCUCACGUGGAAGGGGUACUGCAGCAUUGUUAAUGCCAGUGCUAACUGCAUCCUCAUUUUACUGUGCAAACUGGAAACUCAUUUUGCUGACUUUCAGGAUAAAAAGGUACAUUUUGUUGGUACAACUACUGUAGCUACAGAAAGUUUCUUCCUUUUUUGAAGUUACAUAAAGUAGUACUUAUUUAAGUGAUUUUUUUUUUUAUUUCCUGCAUUCUGCUGGAGAGUAAAAGCAAAUAGUUGCUUCUCCCACCUCCACUGAUUUCCAGUUUGGUUAAAAAACUCACAGGAGCACAGGAGGGUACAGGUUACUUGGUGAACACAGAUGUAAAACCUCAAAUUCAGGUUAAAGUAACAUUUGUGUUUCAGGGAGGUUCCGAACUGGAAGUUUGCCCGAGUGGGGAUGCAGGAAACAUUUGGCAGCAAUAAGAUUCCAGACUUUGUAUGUCCUCGUGUCAGUAUAAAUUUCAUACUGACUUCCAGGUGUCGAUGUAUUCUUAUAGCAAAUAUUGUAGAACGAUGGUAAAUUUUUUAAAGAAAUUUUUAGAAAAUGUGUUUUGGAAUGAAAUUAAUGUCUUUGAGUGAAAAUUGAUGUGCAUAAGAUGCAUACUGGAAGCAUUUUAAAAAAAUACAAGUACAGAAACAGAGAAUUAGCCUUCUUUUGAGAGUUCUGUUUCAGAAGCAUAUUUUUUAUGAAUAUAAAAUCAACAGCUAUGUAAUUAUUUAGACAAUAAAAACAUUUUAAAAGAGCUAUAUCUUUUAUAAUGGAAUAUUAAUUUAUAUAAGUACUCCAGUUUGCAAUUAUUGCAGCAUCUCAUGAUCAGUGAAGUGAUUUGUAUUACAAAAUGCAUAUUAUCUAUUACUAUAUCUGACAAUAUUUUGAAAAUGUAAAGCAAGGAACCUAAUUUAUAGGUUUACAUCUCUUUCGAGAAAUGAUGAAAUUGUAGAGAAAGCUUUUUUUUUUUUUAAGUGUGACUGUAAAGUCAAGUAUGGUCUAUGUUUAUCAAUAUAAUUUGAAAUCUUUGAGGAAACUUUUUGUAUCAAGUUCAUAAUUUUAUUUGUCCCAUUUUUCUGUUUUAAAUUUUGAUUUACGUGUUGAACUUCGAUUCGCAUAGUGUUUGUGGAAACUUUAAGAAAGUUUAUUACAUGUGCUCUUUCUUUAUAAAGCAUUUAUUCCAAGGCAAUAUUUUAAAUAUUUAAUUGUUUCUAAACUGGCGUUAACACUUAAAUAAUCUUUAAGGUACCCUGUCACGGGUAUAUUGAGAAUAUUUUGGCCAUAAUCAGCAUUCUCUUGGUUUUGAAGGAUUCAUGUUGCACUUAUAUUUUUGCAACAUUUGACUUUGUUGGUGGUUACCCUGAUGGUAUUUUUUCCCUACACCCUCACAGUCACAGAGCAGUGAAAAUUGGGUCAGGUUUUGUCCUUGGUCCAGACUAACAUGAUCCUUUGCAUUCAACACUGCUGGCUGUUAACGAGGGGGAAAAAAAGGAUUUUAUAAGAGCAAAAUGGAAAUCCAAACAACGCAAAGGCAGUGGCAGACACCCCACAUGAGCCUCACAGCAAAAAGGCUGUGGUUUGCCUGUCUGGGAGGUGGGAAGAACCCGUUGGUUCUCCGUUGGCAGUGGCCUCCUGGCAGGACCAAAUGCCAGUUUGGAUCACGAUGAUGUGCUGUGCUCGGAUCUGGGUGCGAUCGGAACUCUUUGGUACUGAAUCUCUCCGUUCUAAUUCCCACACGAGCAGCUCCAGUUGGCUGCCAGGUUGUUCAUUUUUGUUUGCCUGCAAAGGGAUGUGGCAUUUGUUGGCCUACACUGUCAGUAAGGACAAACAAACCCGGUGUGUCCAACUGAGGUGAGGAAUGAACAGAACAGGACGUUUUUGAUCGCCCACAUUGGGUGAAACACGAUGUAUAUUCUCAAGUGUAUCCAUUACUAAUUGAGUUAUUGAGGACUGGUACAAUUAAGUCCAUUGUGGAAAGUUGGAGUAGAGGCUGUACAACAGUGGUUUUGAAUCUGUAGUGUUACUGCUGUUUCAUAGGUGAUUAUGGUAUUUAGGAUUUUGGUGUAUUUUUUUUCCCAGUGUGUAGAAUUUUACUGUUAACACAGGAAAUCUAACCUUUCAUGCAAUGACCUUCUCCAGAUAUGCUGCAUUAAAGUUGAGUAACUUGACCCCUGGCUUUUGCAAAGUGAUUGAAGAUUUAACGUAGCAUUUGAAUCUUCAAAAAAAACUUGGACAGGUUUUACUUUUCUAGUCCACAAAGGAAACCUGUAUUUGCUAUUAUACAAAUAUGCUGAAAAUGUAACAUGUUAUUUCUUUGUAAUGGAAUUUUUUUGCCUUUUUUGUUGUUUUUUUUGUUUGUUUUUGCUCGUGCAUUAAAUCAGAAGAGCAUUGUUUGCACAAGCAGGAACUUAACACACUAACAAGAGUGCUGCAUUUUGUGUUUCUUAGUCAUGUAGUAAAUAUUUGUAAAAUAAAUGGGAAUAUUUUCAGUUACUCUGAACUUGUUUCCAAAUACAUUCGGUACAUUUAAAGAGAGCAAUAUACAUUUGAAGUCACCUUAUUUUGUAUUAAAUUAUAAAUUUUUGAAAAAAAAAACCAAAACAAGUGGGUAUUGUGGCACAGUAAUUUUGUACUGGUAUGAAAUAUAUAGCUAUUAAGCUAUGGUUUUCCUUUCAACCCAUUUGUUUCACCCUAAUGCAAAUCUGAUUGUUUUUAUUAGGUUGUAUUUUUCUACAUAUGUAUACAAUUUCCAAAUAUUAUGAUUGGGUAAAUUGCGAAAUGUAAGCAUUGACUUGAUUCUGAUAUUUAGAAUUUUGGAAUAAAAUACCUCUUAAUCAACAGGAA